GUUGUGGGAGUCAUGGCGUCUUACUGUAAGCUGUCAGAUCUUUUCCCCAUUCAGAGCCAGUUAGACCAUGCUUUAGAGGACGCGACGACUCAAGAAGAGAAAGAAAAUCUUGUACAUCAGUAUUUGCACAAAAUAGACGAAAAUUAUUUAAUUAUACCGGAUUUUGAAGAAGGACUGGAAUGGUUGAACACAGACGGCCCAUUGUCACUCAGGAAGGAACUGUCAGGCAAAGUGGUGGUGCUUGACUUCUUCACCUACUGCUGCAUAAACUGCAUGCACCUACUUCCUGAUCUACACCAGUUGGAGCAAAGUUACACUAUAGAAGACGGUCUGGUUGUUGUAGGUGUGCACUCGGCUAAAUUCCCUAAUGAGAAGGUCCUACAGAACGUACGCAGUGCGGUGUUGAGAUAUGACAUCACCCAUCCUGUAGUGAACGACCGCGAUGCCUGUCUGUGGCAGGAGCUGGAGGUGUCCUGCUGGCCCACGCUGGUACUGCUGGGACCCAGAGGGAACCUGCUUUUCUCCUUGGUGGGUGAAGGCCAUCGAGAACAGCUCUUCCUUUUCACUGCUGCUGCCCUCAAGCACUACAGAGAACAAGGGCUGCUCAAGCACCAUGAUGUGGGAAUUAAACUGUAUAGAGACUCCCUGCCUCCCUCCAUCCUCUCUUUCCCUGGGAAAAUAGCCAUGGACCCCAGUAGCAAGCGGUUGGCUAUUGCCGACACAGGACACCACAGGGUACUGGUGGUCUCCAAUACUGGGCAGGUGCUGCACUCUAUAGGGGGUCCCUCAAGUGGGAGACGAGAUGGAAAUUUGUUUGAGGCACAGUUCAGCUCCCCACAAGGGGUGUUUAUAAAGGGAGACACGGUCUACGUGGCUGACACUGAGAACCACCUUGUUAGAAAGAUCAACCUUUCAGAAGGAAAAGUCUCAACCUUAGCCGGCACUGGCGUUCAAGGUACAGAUAAAGAAGGCGGUGCACUGGGACCACAACAGCCAAUCAGCUCUCCCUGGGAUGUUACCCUUGGCAACGCAGGUGGUGAUGUUUUGUGGAUAGCCAUGGCAGGAACGCAUCAGAUCUGGGCUCUCUUCCUGGAGGACGGGAAGCUUCCCAAAGGGAGCGACAGCAAAAAAGGAACAUGUGUGCGCUUUGCGGGCAGUGGCAAUGAGGAGAACAGAAAUAACGUGUAUCCUCAUAAAGCGGGUCUGGCCCAGCCGUCAGGCCUGGCUCUUGCCCCGACAGAGCCCUGGGAGUGUCUCUUUAUCACUGACAGUGAGAGCAGCACCAUUCGUAGCCUUUCGCUGAAGGAUGGAGCAGUCAAACAUGUGGUGGGGGGAGAGAGAGACCCUCUGAACCUGUUUGCGUUUGGAGACAUUGAUGGUAAAGGCAUAGAUGCAAAACUGCAGCAUCCAUUAGGAGUGUCCUGGGAUGAGGGCAGCAGCCUCCUCUAUGUAGCCGAUUCUUACAAUCACAAG